AUGGAUGAUAAAUGUUCACGUGUUCGCGAUCCUGAAAGUACGCAAGCGUGGCUAGUUGGCAGUGGCAUCGCUUCACUUGCUGCUGCUGUGCAUCUUAUUCACGAUGCCGGGUUACCAGGAUGCAACAUAAAUAUUCUUAAUCACCAUGGUGAGACGGGAGGAGGGAUCAGGAGCUAUGGGGAUGCCAAACACGGCUUUGUUUUGCACCCCGGAUGUUUACCAUAUUUCAAUGAUGAAUCAGUAGACAAUUUGUUGUCCUUGAUCCCGAGUGGUCGAGUUUCGGAUAAAUCCCUGUUGGACGCAGUCGGGGAUUUUGAAUUGAGCGAAAAAUUCUCAAUUGGAAUAAAAGCCCAGACACGUUUUUUGAGAAACAAAGACGGAAAGUGUGAAAGAUCCGAUGCUACUCACCUCUCGAUCGGGCCGUAUAAUCGGCUUCAGCUCCUCAAAGUCCUGGUGGAAAGUGAAAAUACGUUAGGACAUCAUCAAAUAAAGAACUUCUUUGGUAAUGAUUUUUUCGAUACUGACUUCUGGGUCUUAUGGUCCACUACAUUUUCUUUGCGACCUUCGCACAGUGUCAUCGAGUUUCAAAGAUGCCUUCGCAAAUAUCUUCCCGAUAUUCACUCACUGAACGAUGUCAAAAGAUUGGAUCGCACUCGUUAUAACCUAUAUGAAUCUAUCAUCUUGCCAAUUUCUACAUACCUCAGAUCGAAAGGCGUUAAUUUUCGUUUCAAUGCAAAGGUUGUUGAUAUUCGCUUUGACACGGACGACACGGACGACAAGUCGAGUGAACCAACCACUAUUACUAGUAUUGUUCUACAAGAAAAUGAGGAAGAACGAAUUGUCGAUCUCAAUCCCAAUGAUUUUGCGAUUGUCACUAUUGGGUCACCCUACUCAGGCCACCAGGUAGGAAACAACUUGGACCCCCCGCCUCAGCCUUCUGUGCCAAAUGACUUGAGGUAUGAGGACUGGUCACUAUGGAUUCAUCUAGCGCAGAAGUCUACGAAAUUUGGCGUUCCUUUAAAUUUCAAUUCGCACACUCAAGAGUCUACACUAGUGACAUUCACUGUCACAUUGAAAGACUCCGAGUUUAUGCGUCUCUAUCGAGUGGUGACCCAUGACGUUCCUGGAUCUGGUGCUCUUCUUUCGCUCCCUAAUAGCAACUGGCUGCUUAGUAUCAGUGUUCCUCACCAGCCAGUAUGCUCAGGUCAGCCACCAAAUACUCAUGUCAUCUGGGGAUAUGGGUUGCGGCCUGAGGGGAUUGGGAAUUUUGUCGACAAGCCAAUGACUAAAUGCGCUGGAAGGGAGAUCAUGGUCGAGUUGCUCUCACACCUGAAUUUUCCGAUUAAGAGUCUCCUUCCCCAUUCAAUUACCAUUCCUUGUUUGUUCCCCUUGGCAACUUCAGCACAGUUGCCUAGGUAUCCGAAGAAUCGACCAGAGGUCAUACCUCCCCACACUACUAAUAUUGCACUUGUUGGGAUAUUCGCUGAGAUUCCACAUGACCCAACCUUUAAUUUGCAAUACAGCGUACGGGGAGCUCAGGCCGCAGUCUACCGGUUAAUGGGGCUCCCAAAAUCACCACCAAAACCAAAGCAAAAUCUUCUUUUGGACAUUUUUGAUUUACUUGCAGAGGGCUAA